CACCAAAGCACAUUGCGUUUGAUGCUCUUCUAUGCUGCCCUCGUUUUGUGCUCCUCGAUCUCAGUGAGCUGAGAAGCGUACCAACAACACCACGACACUGAAACAGCAUCGAAAAACAUCGCAGCCAGCCAGCGAAUUUCGAGCUCGAGAAGCCUUCCGGAGAUUCUCUCGGAACAGUCGUUCGUCUUCUUUUCCACUGGAUUCUCGGUUUCUCGGUUCUGCUCCGUGUGGUUCACUGUGGCUAACACAAAACGGGUGUGUUAAAAUUUUCAUUUUCAUCUGGUGUGCCCAUCGACGCUAUAUUUGGUUCAAGUUUUUGAAACUACGCUGGGGAACCGAAAAAUCGGCCACUAUACACUAUUGGAACGAAGCAAUCGGUGGAAGUCUCCGGAGCAAAAUCUGGAACAACAGGAACAGAAUAAGGGGGUCCUUUUUGCUAGAGGAUAGCAAUUCAGGCAGCCGUGAAUCUAGCAAAUUGGGAUGUGCCUACUCCCAGCCUACUCUUUGGUGAUGAUUGUGUAAGAUCAAAGGAUUUUGGUACCUUUUUGCAGAUGUUAUACCCGCUGUUGUGCGUUUUCCACUGCUAGGGAGGAACGGAAUAGUGAAAAAGAGUGUUCUAUAUGUGCCACAAUUGCGUGUUCUCUGCAGUCGCCUAACGAGCUUAGCAGGCGAAAAAGUGCUGAUCACAGGUGAAUAAGUGGAAAAUAGCUGAAGCAAAAGCGAGAAAUCGAAUGUGAAAAAUCGAAAAUCAAGUGUAUGAAAAAAAAGAACAUUGUUGAGGUGGAAAAGUUCACAGUGAAAAUACACCCAUACAGUUACGAACGAAGAAGUCCCAGUAUCAGCCAGAAGAGCAAAAGCCCUCGAAUACAUCGAAAGACGCAAUCAGGGAGUGCAGAAGGAUUACACGACACAACGGCUCUCGAGUUCUCUCAUGCGUUCGUCCUGUUGUUAUUCCUGUUUGCCGAGUUGUGCGAGAACACACAGAUUGAGCAGGAGAUCUUACUGAAGUGCUGCUGGUUGUGAAGAAUUCGAGUCGUCAAAACAUAGUCAAGUUACAUACCUGUGCACGUAUAUCUACAUGUUGCAAUAGUCAAGUGCUGAGUGUUCUCUCAUUCUCGCCCGACCCGAUCCGACCCGUCCCGUGUGUGCGUUUGUGUUUGUGCUCGGUCGCAUGCUCGCAGGAUAAAAGGAUUUAAAUUUCACACGAUUCAGCAGCAGCCAAGCGGCGGUGUGUGGUCGCAGAGGCUUUUGAUGAAGAACUAGAAAAUAACUCCGUUCGGGCGUUACUACUGCAAAGGUGACACUCAUUCCGCCAGAAAACGCAGUUCGACCCAAACCCCGGGAACAUACACCGAGCAAGUGCAAUGACGACGAUGCGUUAGCAUAGUGACUAUGGGAUCAGAGGCAUGGGCAUGUGCGUGGACCCUGGGGCUUUCCGGUGGUGUCAGGCAUUGAGCCGGUCGCAAUCGCUAACCACAGCAUCAACAGCGAGAACAACAGUUUCGGCGUCAACCGCAGCCACUUCCGGUGGCACCACAACCAGGGGAACGACCACACCUACCGUACCGACUGUUAGCAGCCAUAGCCAGCAGGCCGACUAUCGGCACGUGUCCAGCUUCCACCAUGCCAAGGUGCGGAGAAGUCUGAACACUACCAUCUUCAUCAAGAAGAAAAAGGCUGCAACCGUCACAGCGGCGGCGGCAACGGCAACAGCAACGACAACAGCGGCCGAAACAACACAAACAGAAACUGCAGAUUCUAAAUCGAAAUCAGUUAGCAACAACUUUUCCAACCAGUACAGUAAUAAUAAUAGUAAUUAUAGUAGAACUAACGGCCGUAGCACAUACAACACUAGCAUAAGCUGUAGACAAACGACGAAUAGCAGAUACGGCAGCAGCAGUAGCAUUUGCAGCAGUAGUAAUAUCGAAAGGGCACUAGCAGUCCGGCGGAGGAACCUUAGUCUUAGCACCAACAAAUUGAGCGAACAGUACAGCUGCAGUGCGGCGGCGUUGAACUGGCUGAUCUCAUCGUUUGUACUGCUCCUGUGCAUCACCCUAUGUACUAGUUCAAUUAGUCCACCUGCACCCCAGGAUGCCGUUCACAUCACCGCCAUCCUCGGCGAGAGCGUCGUGUUCAACUGUCAUGUGGAGUUCCCCGGUGACCAUCCCGUUCCCUAUGUCUUACAAUGGGAGAAGAAGGUGAGCGAAACGGGACAGGAGAUUCCAAUCUACAUCUGGUACGAGAGCUACCCGACCCACAGCGGCGAGGGAUACGAGGGACGCGUUUCGAGAGUGUCACCCGAUUCGAGCUUUGGUGCGGCGUCCCUCAACCUAACCAAUAUCCGCGAGUCCGACCAGGGCUGGUACGAGUGUAAGGUAGUGUUUCUGAAUCGGCCGCCGAAGCAGCACAAGAACGGCACCUGGUUUCAUCUGGACGUGCACGCUCCGCCGCGUUUCAGCGUUACGCCGGAGGACAUCAUUUACGUUAAUUUAGGCGAUUCUAUUAUACUAAACUGCCAAGCAGAUGGAACUCCAACACCGGAGAUCCUGUGGUACAAAGAUGCCAAUCCAGUGGAUCCGUCUUCUACUGUUGGCAUCUUUAACGAUGGUACCGAGCUACGGAUUAGCACGAUCCGACACGAAGACAUCGGCGACUACACGUGUAUCGCGCGCAAUGGUGAGGGACAAGUCUCCCAUACUGCCCGUGUUAUAAUAGCGGGCGGCGCUGUAAUCAUGGUGCCGCCCACUAACCAAACGAAACUGGAGGGAGAGAAGGUGCAGUUCACCUGCGAGGCGAAGGCGAUGCCCGGGAAUGUCACUGUGCGAUGGUUCCGCGAGGGUUCACCGGUACGGGAGGUGGCCGCACUCGAGACGCGUGUCACGAUCCGCAAGGAUGGGUCGCUCAUCAUCAACCCGGUCAGUGCGGACGAUUCCGGCAUGUACACGUGUGAGGUGUCAAACGGCAUCGGAGAACCACAAAGUGCUUCGGCUUUUUUAAAUAUAGAGUAUCCUGCCAAAGUGACCUUCACCCCAACAAUACAAUACUUACCGUUUCGUUUAGCUGGUGUUGUACAAUGCUAUAUAAAAGCAAAUCCUCCUCUACAAUAUGUAACAUGGACCAAAGAUAAAAGAUUACUGGAACCUUAUCAAACAAAAGACAUAGUUAUAAUGAACAACGGUUCGCUGCUGUUCACCCGGGUCAACCAGAACCAUCAGGGCCGGUACACGUGCACGCCGUACAAUGCCCAGGGAACGCAAGGCUCGUCAGGUCAUAUGGAAGUGUUGGUUCGCAAACCUCCGGCCUUUACGAUCGAACCGGACCCACUGUACCAACGGAAGGUCGGUGAGUCGGUUGAGAUGCACUGUGAUGCCCAGGAAGCGGAAGGUACCACGAAGCCUACCAUUACCUGGCAGCGGCGGGACGGGCAACCACUGCAGAAGAAUCGCGUUCGGAUUAUGAACGGCAACAUCACAAUCGAUAACCUUCGAAGGUCGGACUUUGGCUACUACCAAUGCGUAGCGUCGAAUGAGGUGGCAACGAUCGUUUCGGCCACUCAGUUGGUCAUCGAAGGUACCCAGCCGCAUGCUCCGUACAAUCUGAGUGGCACGGCCACGGAGUUUUCGGUGACACUGUCGUGGAUGCCCGGAUACAGUGGUGGCCCUGACUACAAGCAGGACUACACCAUCUGGUAUCGCGAGGCUGGGGUAUCCGAUUGGUCGACGAUUCCGGUUACUCCGUCCGGGAGCACACAGGUGACGAUCAACCGGUUAUCUCCGGGAACGACGUACGAGUUCCAAGUGAUUGGGAAGAAUGCCCUCGGCGACGGCAUGAUGAGUAAGGUGAUAACGAUACGGACGUUAGACAUUCUAAAUUAUCACAAUAUAUUGUUUCCGACCGAUUCGACCGGUUCAACAUUUUUUCCACCCGUUUUCCGACCAACAGGUCCCAAACCGGGUCAACCGCGAAACGUGAGCGUGUUGGAAAUCCCGAACGGGUUCCUCAUCUCGUGGCAGGUUCCACUCGAACGGCCUCACCUGGUGCAGUUCUACACGAUCAAGUACCGCACGGAUGCGCAGUGGAAAACGCUGAACCGGGGCCAGAUUCGCCCGGAGGAAACGUCCUACCUGGUGAAGAACCUGGUCGGUGGGCGGACCUACUACUUCCGGGUGUUGGCCAACUCGCUCAAGAGCUACGAAACCAGCGAGGAGAUCAAGUUCCCCGUGCCGGCACGGGUCAAGCACAAAGCCAUCACGGCCGGGGUGGUCGGCGGGAUACUGUUCUUCAUCGUGGCCAUCAUCCUGUCGAUUUGUGCGGUGAAGAUCUGCAACAAGCGUAAACGUAGAAAACAGGAAAAAGAACUCAACAUGGUAACAGCACGGAUCACGGAUCGGAACGCCCUAAGCCAGCCGGUGCCUUUGAGAAGAUAUCUACAUGGAGAAAGUAAAAGCAGACUACCCGGCUUGAACAUCCUGGUUGCCAUUUUGCACUGGAUAUGGCCUCCGGGGCGUUGUCAGAACUGUGAUAGCAUCUACUCACACAAAUUCAACGGUGAACAGGGGAAAAGCGUUGGGGAGAUUCAUCGCUCGGCGGAUGGGAGGUUCGUUGUGCCUCAGGAUGCAGUCGACGGAAUUAUUUCGCUGAGGAAUAGUAUUGUUUCGUGUUAUAGUAGUAGUGAUGAUGGAGGUUUUCUGCCAAAGAGGUUGUCCUUAACUGGAAGGGCAUCGUGGCGACGACCGCUGGUGACCUGUCCGAGUCAGUUGAGUUUACGGACAGAGGAUGGUUUUGCUGUGGCUGAGCCACAGCAGCCGACUCAAUCGUUGUAUACCAAUACAAUGCCGGAGAAUCUCCAUAUUACUACGAUAAGUUCCAGUGUACCUGCUCCAAUGGUGACGCAGUCGUUGUAUACGACUCCGUCGAGAAUUUCAAAGGUGAUUGCCAGUUCACCGGCAACCUCCAGUCCCCAGGUCGUCAAUUCGCCUUGGUCACCGCUGUAUUUCAGUGAUCUCAGUUCAGUUCAUCAUUUAAGUUCCGCGGAGCGAUCGUUUCCGACUCCGCAGAGUGCUGCAUCAGCGCAUCGUUACAAUUACACCGGUUACAAUCACGAACUUCCGGUGUUGAGUAGUCUUCACAACGCCUCAAGACAUCUGUCGAACGGCUUUGUCCCAGUGCACGUGCCAACAUCUAGGCAUUUUCAUCAAAAUCUCUAUCAGAAUGUUCCGUUCCACAGCCAUACUUAUGGCAACCGACCGAAGUUCUCUCGUUAUCAUCCUCGACUGAUGCCGAGGAGUUUGACGCGAACGAUACCGGAACUUCGAUCCCCAAUGCUCAAUCUUAAUCUAAGUACAACGCCGCUGAGCGCAGCCCUGGAGGCCUCUCCGCAGAGUUAUUCUAGUUCCAGUGGAUUCGGGAGCAAGAACACAUCCAGCAAUACUCAACAGACUUCCAGUUUCCACGCUAGCAACAAUCUACUAAGGGAAUGGCGGUACCUUCCCCCGUAUCGUCCGCCUCCUCCUCCACCAAGUCUUCACCAUUCGGCGCCACUGUCUUUCGGAGGAGGACGUUUUGAUCACCCGCCCUAUUCGAUGUCCCAUUGGUUGGAGCUGAUAACAAGACUGAACAUUGCCUCGGAGAAGGCCAACAUCAACAACGCCGGAGACGUGGGCAGUGUCGAUGGUCAUUACGAGUUUGAUCCUUCGACACCUACGCCAACGGCGUCUACUCCAACUGGCAUAAUGAGAGACGACUUCCACCACUUGAUGACGCUUCCGUCGACUUCCAGCGACCUACUAUGGAACGCAGCGGGGUUGUCGUUGACGGGUCCUACAGCGGGCACAAUCACCAUCGGAGGUCGCAAACGGGGACAGUCACGAUACGACAACAUCGAUGCACGGGUGGAGGCCAUGAAGGAAGAGUUCUACGAAUGGCGAAAGCGGCAACAGCAGAGCGACAACGAUGUCAGGAUGAACGAGCUGGAAAGUUCCUGCUGAUCAAAGGAUAACGCGAUCGUGACGGCGUGCUGAACACAUACACAAACACAAGACUCGACUUAUUCAAUAACUAUAGCAAUAUCUAAUUAUCGGAGGAAUCAGAGAGAAGGAUGGUGCUGAGAUAACAGCAGCAGCAGAACAUAAAUCUACUGAACGAUCAUUAACUUAUCUUUAAUGAGGAUUUUAAAUGGCAAACAAGCAAGCACCGCUACAGCAGAGAUCGAAUCUUUCGAACAUAUAUGAUAUGAUAUAUGAACGGUAACUCACGUGUUAAAGACUUUUAUAAUAGUUAUGUAAAAAAUUGGAUCGAUGGAACAGAGGCGAAGGUUUUGUGCGAUUGUUGGGAGACGAAGUAACGUUGAUUCGUCUGACCAUUUUUUUUGAAAUAUUUAGGUCAUAACCUAAGUACUAUUUUGAACACUAAUUAGUCUUGUAGAGGUUUUGAGAAUCGUCAUUAAACCUUAUACCUUUUAUUUUGGUUUUAUGAUGGUUUCAAGAACCUUUUCUAGACUAUUUGACAAAUAGAAUGUUACUUAGGAAUGAAAUCGGAACAACUUUAGCAUUUUGUUCACUUUCAGGAAAUAUGUCAACUGAAACAUUUGUUGAACAUAUCAAUGGAAAACGAUAAGUCACUUACUGGAAGUUUAUUGAUGAGAAUAUAGAAAAUUCUGACAUCAUCCGCUCUUUCAUAUUUGCAAUCUUCACAAUAUUAGAUGACUUCAUGCAAAUCAAAGCCUAAUCACAGACAAACAGACGUAACACUUGCGAAAUUUCCAUCGACCACACUUUUAACGAUCAAUUUUCUAUGCGUUUGACGUUUCACACUAGCGCCUUCUGUUGACGAUAUUGCAAAACACAGUGAUCCGCGCAACUUUUCCACCAGGUGAUGGUAGUGUGAACUGGGCGAUGAAAUUCCAUGAAAAUCAUUCAAGGUGUUACGUCUGUUUGUCUAUGGCCUAAUGGAUUGUCAAAUAUGUGUUGGUGGUUGUGAAUGUUUUCGAAUUCUCGAGCAAUCUGAUGUUUUCUAUCGGAAUAGUGAGGUGGAGUUUGAGACUUGCUUGCCAGCAACUGCAUGUGCAUAGGUGGCACGAUUCCUUUGAAGAAAUUUGAGCUAUUGCAUGCAAGUUUAUCUAAGAUGUUUGUGAAUGUUUUGUGCGAUGGUUGGGAGGCGAAGUUACGUUAAUUUGUCUGACCAAUUUUUUGUUGAAUAGGUAACAUUUUGAUGAUUAAUAAGUCUUGUAGAGGUUUUACGAACCGUCAUUAAACCUUAUAGCUUUUAUUUUGGUUUUAUGAAGGUUUCAAGAACCUUUUCUAGACUGUUUGACAAAACAAAUGUUACUUAGGAAGUCAUCAAGCGUUUUGCCAGGCUUCGAAAUCGGAACAACUUUAGCAUUUUGUUCACUUUUAGGAAAUAUGUCAACUGAAAACAUUUGUUGAAUAUAUCAAUGGAAAACGAUAAGUUACUGACUGGAAGUUUAUUGAUGAGAAUAUGAUAACUCCGACAUCAUCCGAGCUUUCAUAUUCUAAAUCUUCUCAACUACAGAUUCCACUUUAUUCGAAUCAGAACCCAAUGGAUUGUCAAAUAUGUUCUGGUGGUUGAGAAUGCUUUCGAAUUCUCGAGCAAUAGGAUGUUCUAUCGGACUAGUGAGGUGAGGUGGAGUUUGAGACUUGCUUACCAGCAACUACAUGUUCAUAGGUAGCACGAUUUGUUUGAAGAAAUUUGAGCUGUUCCCUGCAAGUUUAUCUUACAUGUUUCAGCUUAUCAUUGCGCAAAUUAGUCUUCCAAUGGUUGUACAAAACACACCGCCUUCAAUAGAAGAAAAGGAACAAUCAGGAAACGAUGUAAACCAACCGCUACAACAUGUUGGUGAACAGUUCUAGAAAAAUUAAAGAAAAAUCAAAUACAAUUCAGGCACAUUGAUACUCUUUCAAAGUGAGUUUGUGACUGUGAAACGGUUGGGAGCGAAAAACGUCGCUUCUGGAUGCAAGAUAAUGAAAGUGAAAGGUACUCAAAAAAGGAUGUUGUGGAAGUUGUUACCUAUACUCUUUGGCAAAUUGAACAAUUCUUUUGAAACAUGUUAUCAAUUCUUGUUUGUUUCGGUUAUUCAAGUAUAAAAUGAUGAUUUCUAAAAAGUUUUAAGUUCGUCAGUUUGGACAACUUUUUGAGACUUUUAUUAUUAUUAUUAUUAUAUUUUAUUAAAGACAAUUUACCAGGUGUGUUGGCAUUCACGUCCAAUCAAAGCAUAUUAGUUUUUGUUUUUUAUUCUUUUUUUAUUUUUUAUUUUGAGCAGAUUUAAUUGGUUAAAUACUAUUUUACAAACGUCUUAUGUGCGGUAAACAACAAAAGCAAUCUUCUCUUUCAUUAUCUCUCGUUUCACGUUGCAGAGUGCACAAAAAGAAUCAAAUACAAUAAAUGGCAAGCGUAAGAAACAAUUGCAAAUUUUAACAUACAGCGCAACUCAGUUCGUAUCUAGGAUAACGAAACUCUUUCACUUGCCCACUAGAAUAAAACAAAACGAAAUAAGCACCAUCAAAAAUAUUCAUAUGACCUCACGGUAUAGAGAAACAAAAAAAAACUAUGACUAACGAGGAAACAAGGCAACCCUUCUCACUAGAUCUCACAUUCAAACUAUUGUCACGGCACAUUCCAAAUGAAAGUAACUUUCUCAAUCACAACUCACAAGUAUUCACCCACACAACCACACACACUCGUAACAGACGUGGCAGAAAAACGUCACUAAUUCGAAAAAUAAACAACUCAUUCGAACGAGGAAGCAAACUGUUACGAAUGCAAAACAUGUGAAAAAAAAGGAAAACACAAGUAGGAAUAAUAUCAAUAUUUAAUGUUCUUGGAAACCAACAAUAUUCACAAAUAUAUACAACAAAAGGAAAGGAAGUAAAGAAACCCAGUAAAACACACACAUAAUAAUAAUUGAAAACAUAAGAGUAAGAUAAUUUAUAAUGAAAUUUAAAUCCAAUUUGGCUCGGAGCCACGGCCCCGGUUUGAAUCCAAAUCGGGGCACGCUGACUCCGGUGGCCGGGAAACAUUCAUUCUAAACUAGUAAAGGCAAAGGCAGAGAGGGAGGAAACUCACACAGAAAGAGAGAGAGCGAGAGAAAGGAGGAAAAAACGGAAAACUGGAUAUGUUAUUGAAUUGUAAGUAAGUAAUUAAUAAACUAAUUAACUAGAGCACGAAUGAACGAAAGGCGUCGUGGGAUGAACAAAUUUUGGUGCAACAAAUAGUAAACAUACACACUUAAGCGAGAAUCGUCGUUAUUAGAUGAAAACAAAGAAAAAAAAACAGAACAAGCAACCGGAAUGCAGAUAAAUCUAUAGUUUAAUGAUUAUUUUACUUGAGAUCCAAUCUUAUUUUAAGCGAAAUAAUUGUAAGAAAAGAUAAAACAGUAGUAAAUAGUCGAUUAAGGAUGAACACUGAAUUACACAGUUUGGGAAAACAUGAAAACAAUGAGAUUAGCCAUUUACGUUUUGCGUUUUGUGCUCGCAAUCGAGUCGACGAAAUGCAUUUGAUAUUUUAUGUGUAUUUCUAGGUUAGGUGAUAACAUUCUUCUGGAAUGCUACUUAUGCUUGUUAAUUUUUGUUUAACAGUGAUUCUAUUCCUUCGUUUCAUUCUACUAUGUAUGCUUGUAAGAGGAACCAAUUUAUGCACGAGAAAAGUCUGACUAUUGCAUCUUAUUUAUGUGCGGAUGUCCAUUCCAAAGAUUGUUUAUUUACGGUUUUAGUUUGUAAACUUUGCAUCUCUUCCUACCUGACAGUUUGAGUACGUUUUGCGAUUUCGUACGUUUCGUCAACCGUACGCAUAACUAGAACAAAUUUUCGAGUACAUAAGUAUAUAAAUCCUGUUGAUAGUUCUUAUUAUAAAACUUAUAAUUCUUAUCAGUAAAUCUAAACGAAAAUCAAUGAAACGACGAAGAGGUGUCGCCAUUUGCAUGUCAAUCAAAUGACAGUAUACCGAAUCAUUCAAAGAGAACACACAACUGUCACCGAUAGAACAGUUGAAAAUCAGUAUUUUAACGAAACAGAUUUCCAAACUCAUGCGAUUCCUUUUCUUAUGGAUUUCCUUCAAAUGUGUGCAGCAUUUGGUUUGAUCUAUUUUGCUGUGCCAUAGCCGUCUACUAUGGCGAAUCAACUUGAUUCAUUCUAUUUCUUCUUGCCCUGUUGCAAGCAAUAGACGUCAUUUCUAUUUAACCAUCAACAUCUAGUGUUCGAAAAAAAAUGCACCUAUUUUUGACCAUAAUUUUGCUCGUUUUAUUCGAUGUUGUUCAAACUAACAGUAAAAAUGAUCUCUUUAGUCCAUUCAAAGUUAAAACACGAAACACACAUAAGUAGAUCCAACUGCUCUUCGAAUAAGUGCAAACUGGUUUCAGUAACAAUGGUCGAAUCGGAAUGAGAACGUACGAUGCAACGUUUCGGUUGAUUUUCUAUUGUACGAAAUCUGAGCAUGGAAAAAGUAACCAUAAGAACAACACCGUUUAAUAUAAGAAGCGUAGAAAAAAAAGAAAAUAAUGUUUUACCAUACAAACUAGAGUCUCACUUAACACAUGAAGAAUUAAGAAAAUAUGAAAACCAUACUGAUGGAAUCGAAACAAGUAAGAAGAAAUGAACAAGAAGUGUGCAAAAGAUAAAACGACGAAGGAAAGAAGAAACAGCAAAAGAGAUGGAAGCAACCGCACCGGAAGCGAUGUAAAUAGACCUUGUUUUAUUAUGAUUUCUCUUGAACAAACCAAUUCUCAAAUCCAAUCGGAACAAAGCAACCCAAACAGAUACACUGAUACACACAACACUACAAAGCCAGCAGGAUAACACAAACACACCCAUAAGCACACAAACAGAGAAAAGAAAGAGAAAGAAAAAAAGUAAAAAAAAAAAACGAAACAUUCCAUUAGCUUCUAGUUUGUAUCGUAUAAGAAUUAGAAAUGAAGAAAAAAAUAAAAUUGAACAAAAAAAUCUUGCCGGACUUAGUGAAGCAAAAAAAGGUAAAAGAAAAAAAAACAAUAUUACAUAAGAGAGAAUGAACGUUUAGCAAGAGAAUGGAAACAAAAAAAAAACUGGAUGAACUGAAAGCAACAACAACAGGUGGAUGCAAAACAACCAGCAGCACGCAUGUCGAAAGAAAGUGAUUAUUUCCCGUUAGUUCGUUUACAUACCUUUGUUCGUCCCGUAUUUCGGUUAUUCGGUUUGAAUUGGAAAUUUUGGUGGGGAUCGAAAAGAA